AUGGACGCAUUGUUAACAAAGUUCAACGAGGAUAGAAGUCUCCAAGAUGAAAACUUGUCCCAACCACGAACGAGAGUAAGAAUUGUUGACGACAAUCUUUACAACAAAUCGAAUCCAUUCCAACUAUGCUAUAAAAAACGUGACUACGGUUCUCAGUACUACCACAUUUAUCAAUACCGUCUAAAGACUUUCAGAGAACGCGUCUUAAAAGAAUGUGACAAGAGAUGGGAUGCGGGCUUUACCUUGAAUGGCCAAUUAGUUCUAAAAAAGGACAAAGUGUUAGAUAUUCAGGGAAACCAACCAUGUUGGUGCGUAGGAUCCAUAUAUUGCGAGAUGAAAUAUAAACCAAACGUACUGGACGAAGUGAUCAAUGAUACAUAUGGUGCACCAGAUUUAACUAAAAGUUAUACUGAUAAAGAGGGUGGUUCUGAUGAAAUUAUGCUCGAAGAUGAAAGUGGGAGAGUGCUUCUAGUGGGAGAUUUUAUUCGGUCUACACCCUUCAUCACGGGUGUUGUUGUAGGUAUACUGGGUAUGGAAGCUGAAGCCGGGACAUUUCAAGUUUUAGACAUAUGCUACCCCACUCCUUUACCACAAAAUCCUUUCCCUGCACCAAUUGCUACCUGCCCCACCAGGGGAAAAAUUGCUCUUGUUUCUGGGUUAAACCUCAAUAAUACAUCACCUGAUAGGCUAUUGAGAUUGGAGAUUUUGAGAGAAUUUUUGAUGGGGAGAAUCAAUAACAAAAUUGACGACAUUUCUCUAAUUGGUAGAUUACUGAUAUGCGGCAACUCUGUUGACUUCGACAUUAAAAGCGUGAACAAAGACGAAUUGAUGAUUUCUCUAACUGAGUUCAGUAAAUUUCUACACAACAUUUUGCCAUCUAUAUCUGUUGAUAUUAUGCCCGGAACCAAUGAUCCAAGUGACAAAUCUCUACCGCAACAGCCUUUCCACAAAUCAUUGUUUGAUAAGUCCCUAGAAUCAUACUUCAACGGUUCUAACAAAGAAAUUUUGAAUUUAGUGACCAACCCAUAUGAGUUUAGCUAUAAUGGCGUAGACGUUCUAGCCGUUUCAGGCAAAAAUAUCAAUGAUAUUUGUAAAUACGUAAUACCAUCAAAUGAUAACGGAGAAAGUGAAAACAAGGUCGAGGAGGGCGAGAGUAAUGAUUUCAAAGACGAUAUAGAGCAUCGCCUGGACCUUAUGGAAUGUACAAUGAAAUGGCAAAACAUCGCGCCCACCGCACCUGAUACCUUAUGGUGUUAUCCGUACACUGAUAAGGAUCCAUUUGUAUUGGAUAAGUGGCCCCACGUUUACAUUGUGGCAAACCAGCCAUAUUUUGGAACAAGAGUAGUGGAAAUAGGUGGUAAGAACAUAAAGAUAAUAUCUGUCCCUGAAUUCAGUUCUACUGGGAUGAUAAUAUUACUGGAUUUGGAAACGUUAGAAGCAGAGACGGUCAAGAUUGACAUUUAA